AUGUUGAAGAAGGGCAUCGUCGCCUCGAAGUGCGUCAGGGAAUCGAAAAGUGUGCCGCCAAGGUCGAAGCCCCGUGAGGACGGUCCAUCGCAACCUGUUGGACAUCGUCGCCAGGACAAUGAUGGCAGCAGUGGCUGCCCGAGAGUGUUCCAACUUCACCUCAACUUUGGGCAUGCGUUCACAAGACGACAAAUGGGGGAUGCGGCUGAGCACCUUGGUUUUGAUGGACAAAUGGGUGUUGUCCAUGGACAUGUUCGAAAAUGUGCAAGGAUACAUGGAGGAGGGUUUUUCAUGAACAACUUGGAGGAGGUGGACCCGACGGGGCGGUUCGGGCGGUACGCGGCCGUGCUGGGGCUGGGCUCCGUGAAGAAGGUGUACCGCGGGUUCGACCAGGAGGAGGGCAUCGAGGUGGCGUGGAACCGGGUGCGCCUGCGCGCGCUGGCGGAGCGUGACCCCUCCAUGGUCGACCGCCUCCACGCCGAGGUGCGCCUCCUCCGCUCCCUCCACCACGACCACAUCAUCGGCUUCCACAAGGUCUGGCUCGACCGCGACGCCGGCGUGCUCAACUUCAUCACCGAGGUCUGCAACUCGGGCAGCCUCCGCGAGUACCGCGACCGCCACAAGCACGUCUCCCUCAAGGCGCUCAAGAAGUGGGCGCGCCAGAUCCUUGAGGGCCUCGACCACCUCCACACCCACGACCCCUGCAUCAUCCACCGCGACCUUAACUGCAGCAACGUCUUCAUCAACGGCAACACCGGCCAGGUGAAGAUCGGCGACCUCGGGCUGGCGGCGAUCGUGGACAAGGACCACACGGCGCACACGAUCCUGGGCACGCCCGAGUUCAUGGCGCCGGAGCUCUACUCGGAGACGUACACGGAGUCGGUGGACAUCUACUCGUACGGGAUGUGCGUGCUGGAGAUGGUGACGCGGGAGAUGCCCUACGGCGAGUGCGAGAGCGUGGUGCAGAUCUACCACAGCGUCACCAACGGCGUGCCCCCCGCCGCGCUCCGCCGCCUCAGGGACCCGGAGAUGCGGGCCUUCAUCCAGCGCUGCAUCGGCAAGCCACGCAACCGCCCCUCCGCCGCCGACCUCCUGCGGGACCCUUUCUUCCACGGCAUCGACGACGACACCACCGGCACGCUCAGCUAG